UCCUUCAGGGAACGAAAUAAACUGCAGCUCGCUCUGCGAUAUUGUCACUGACUGUAUCAUUCCAGGUUUCUUUCACAAAAAUAUGGCCAAAAUGGAGAACGAAAAUACUGCCGAAGCUACCGAAUGCAAAGAGGAUUCACUUCUCCCCAUCGCUGAGAAGGGACUUUUCUUCCAUGAUUCCUUCUUCGACGAUAUUCGGAAGCAAUUUGAGACAGCCAUCGACCAAAUCCUGGAUACGUGGGGAGAAGCCAAAUCAAUGAGUGAUCUCAUGAGUAGCUUCACACGUGUAAGAGAGCGUAAUUUGCAACAGGAGAACCAAGUUAUGGCCUUCAGCGAAGACGACCAGAAUCACAAGGUUGUACUAGAUGUUCAUGACUUCAAGAGUGGAGACGUUAAGGUCAGAGUGGAAGACAAUCAGGUGAUGGUGGAAGGUCGAGUGGAAAAGGAAGAGGGCGACUUCAAGUCCAUGAAAAGCUUCUGUCGACGCUUCAACUUCCCAGGCAAAGUGAAUAUGGAGGCCGUGACUUCCGCAAUGUCUUCUGAUGGCGUCUUGACUAUCACGGCUCCUAAGGUUAUAGAGGAAUCGUAAAAAGGAAUAUAUAUUUUGUAAAUGCAUCUAAUUGUAAGAACUGUGAUCUGUGAGCUAUGUAUUCUUAAUUUUGGAUAAUGUGAGACUACAAGAAUAAAGUGAAUAAGGUUAU